AUGUGGGCCUGCAUCUCGGCGAUCAUCACACAUGAGCAGGCCGAACUGUGGGAAAAUCACGAGUCGGACCCUGUUCGUGAGGGUCGGGUGGAGGUAGGUAUGCCCGGUCCGCACUAUUAUAAGCGGCUUGCUCGCCUAGCUACCUGCCUGGCUGCCUGCAUUGCUGGAAUCCCACGACGCAACCCAGACUUCGUUAACCACGGAGCGCUGCUCGACCGGAUACGCAAGAAGUGCGCUGCCCCGGCAUCGCGCAUAGCACUGGUGGGCCUGGGUGGUGUGGGCAGGCUAUCUCCAGCAGGCUACGGUACCGGCGGCGGCGGCGGCGGCGGCGGCAGCGGCAGCGCUGUCCAGCAGCGGCUAUCGAGGUAUCUGCCCUCAAGCAGGCAUGGCUCGAUCCUGGCCAUGAGCCGGACCAGGCGCGCGGCGCUGCAGGUCGUGGAAGAAAACGAUAUUAUCACUAUCGAGUCGAUGAACGAUGCAGCCGCACACGCGCUUCUACACAAGAAGCUUGGAGACAAGGUGGACAGGAGCAACGGCAUUGCCGAGCUAGCGACUGCGCUGGAGCACAUGCCGCUCGCUCUCGUGCAGGCGGCAGCAUACAUUCGAGAGCGAGCGCCGCGAUGCUCGGUGCGGCAGUACCUGGCCGAGUUCCGUGAGAGCGACAGCAGAAAGACGAGCCUACUGAACCAAGCAGCCGGCCACCUCUGGCGCGACGAGGGAGCCAGCAAAUCAAUCCUUCUUACGUGGCAGAUCUCGUUCGACCACGUGCGCGGCAGCCGGAGAUCAGCAGCAGACCUGCUAUCGCUGAUGAGCUUCUUCGACCGCCACGGGAUCCAGGAAGCUCUGCUUCGCCACCCAAGCGGUACGGCAGCCGAACGCGAGUCAGCUGUUCGAACCGACGACGGCUUCGAGGAUGAUGUCCUUGCCUUACGAGACUAUUCAUUCAUCACGGUGACUAGAGAUGCAAACAUGUUUCAGAUGCACAGCCUGGUGCAGCUAGCGACGCGCACGUGGCUGGACAACGAGAAGCAGCUCGACAAGUGGAGGAAGCAAUUCAUCUCUAACCUCUGCGCAGAGCUGCCGACGGGAAAACACGAGGACCGGGAGAAAUGCCAAGCGUUGUUCCCACAUGCACGGGUGGCAUUGGCACAGCGGCCCAAUGAGGGAGAAUCACUGAAAGAGUGGGCGCUGUUGCUGUACAGAGCGGCGGAGCACGCCUGGCAAGAAGAUGGAGCGGAUGAGGCAGAGCAGAUGUCAGUGAUGUCGAUGGAGGCUAGGAGCGAAGUGUUUGGGGAAGAUAAUAUGGAGACAUUGAGGAGCAUGGAAAUGGUGGGAGUAGCUAGGGAGCUUAGCGGCAAGUACAAAGAGGCGGAGGCGAUGGACAGACAGACGCUGGCGCGGAGGGAGAAGCUGCUCGGGCAUGAGCAUCUAGCCACACUGGCUAACAUAUACUCUCUUGCCUAUCUUACCCAUCGGCAUCGUUACACCGAAUCACUUGCUUUAUACGAUAGGGCAUCCGCUGGGUACCAAGCUGUCCUUGGGAAGGAUCAUCCAAUCACUCGUGUGUGUCACCAGCAUCACACCGAGGCACUUGCAUCGCAGGAGCAGGGUCAGCUCGUCAUCUCUCCUAUGGUAGCAGAUGACCGCGCAAGUGUAGGCACAGGCAAAGGCAAAGGGUCGAAGCUGCUGCGUGGACUAGCAAAGAUGGGUAUUAAAAGCUCACAGCUGUCUGCGAGAUGA